AUGCUAUAUCUGAAACAUGAGAUUGGUCCAACACAGAAAUCUGCAGCAAUGGCGAUCAAGCACAACCAGCAGAUUCAGAAGAACCAUUUCCACAAGGACUGGCAACGCUACGUCCGCGUGCACUUCGACCAGCCGGGCAAGAAGAAGUCCAGACGCAACGCUCGUGUUGCCAAGGCCGCGAAGGUUGCUCCUCGCCCCGUCGACCUCCUCCGCCCCAUUGUGCGAUGCCCUACCGUCAAGUACAACCGCCGCGUCAGGCCCGGCCGUGGUUUCUCUCUCGUUGAGUUGAAAGCCGCCGGUAUUCCUCGCAAGUUUGCCCGCACUAUCGGUAUCUCGGUCGACCCUCGCCGCCAGAACCUCUCGGAGGAGGGCCUCAAGGCCAACGUUGAGCGCCUCCAGGAAUACAGGAAGCGCCUCAUUCUCUUCCCCCGUCGCAACGGAAAGACCAAGAACGGUGACGCCUCCGCCGAGGACAUCAAGGCCGCAAAGAGCGCCGAGAAUGUCAUUGCCAGCACCAAGGCCAGCCUCCCCAUCAAGAACGUCAUCGAAUUCGAGGAGGGCCCGAUUGGCAACUACGAGGCCACCGAGAACGCCUACAGGAAGCUCCGUGAAUCUCGCGCCGAGGCCCGUUACGCUGGUGCCCGCGAGAAGCGCGCAAAGGCCAAGGCUGAUGAGGCCGACGCCAAGAAGAAAUAG